GACUGGAUAUUCUUCUGUUCUACAAGUCAUGAUUGAAGCAGAGAGGUUAAUCCUCAUUGGCUGCCUGCUGCAAGGUGCCCUGGGGAGAAAGUUUGAAGUCUGGAUGCCUCAGAGUAUAGAAGCUCUAAGCGGAUCCUGUGUGCUGAUUCCCUGCAGAUUUGAUAUAGACUAUAAAUAUGACAAUGACCUGACAGCUAAGGCCAUAGGACUCUGGAGAAAAAGAUUACACUAUGGAAAAAUUGUUUUUAAUUCCAGCAGAAGUGACAACGAAAUUAAAGGAACAUUAAUUGGAAAACUGGAGGAGAAGAACUGCACCACAAUCCUGAAUCGCUUCCCUUUGUCUCACACUGAUACUUAUUUCUUCAGAUUGGAAUCCCAGACUCCUCUCACGUAUGAUUUUCCUACAGGUGUCAAAAUUAACGUACAAGACUCUCCACCCAAACCCAAGUUAACCCCAGAGAGGGUGGAGGUGAAGGAGGGGACCUUUGUGAGUUUGAACUGCUCUGCUGCAGCCCCCUGUCCCGAACUCCCCCCAAAUCUGACAUGGACCCCCAGGCUGAGUGACAGUGUGGAUCAACUGCAAGAGAAUGAGGAUCUAACCAAAUCAGUGUCUUCUGUUCUGACCUUCACUGCUUCCCACCUCCACCAUAGGCAGAAGAUCACCUGCAGGGCACUUUACACUCUGCAACAUGGAGACAUUCAGAAGACAUCUGAGGCCAGUCUGACUCUCAGUGUUCUAUACAUGCCUCAGAUCUCUGGCUCUGGGAGCUGCAGCAGAACUGCAGGAGAGAUCAGCUGCUCCUGUGAGAGCCGUGGGAAUCCCUCUCCCAGCAUGGAGUGGCGUGUGUCUGGACUGCGGGUCACUAACUCUACUGACAGAGUCAUCAGGGAGGAGCAGCUGGGGAACACAGGCCUGAGGAGCUCCCUCACCAUGCGCCAAUCACAGGGAGACACGCCCACUCUCCUCUGCAUCAGCACCAACACUCUCGGCUCCUCCAGCCUCCAGCUCCACCUCCCGUCUCCACAGCAACACUCAGUACAAUACAGUUAUCUGCUGUUAUAUGUUAUCAUAGCAGGACUGAUUUGUCUGAAUGUAUUGACAAUUGGAUUCAGUAUCUUCAAAAUGAAAAGGUUGUCUAGAAGACUGAAGGGAGGGAGGGACGGGGACACAUAUGCCAGUCUGCAGCUUUCCAACAUCAGCCCUGAAUAUGACGUGCUGCAGGUAAAAAACAAGUAUCAGAAAGACACAGGGACUACACAAGAUGAGAACGAUGAUUACCAGAACCCUGAAGAUGGAAACAGACCAGAUUCAGGGGCUAAUUCAAAAUAGCAAGGCUGAAGAUCAGAGAGGGCUCCCGUUCAAUGGCGUGAACUUCGGUCUAAACCCACAUGAGAAUAAUAUUCACUUUUAAAGGGGCAGUUCACCCGAAAAUGAAAGAAAGCUAUGUUUCAUCUUACCAGGAGUGCUAUCUUUCCAUCCAGGUAGUUUUUCUGAGAUUUGAUGUGAUGUGUUAAACUUUCCGUUUUCCUCUAUCUUUCUCUCACUCUCAUCUCUCUCUCUAUUUCUCUCUCUCUCUUCCCCACUUAUUCAAAGCACUGUGCUUUUGCAUAUAUGAUGAAAAAAAGUUUAUUUUUCAAAGUU